AUGUAAAUAAAACGAAGUUCAAUUGAAUAAGGUGGUGCAUUGGAGUAAAUUUUGGAAGGGAAUAUGUCUCCAAUUGCUAGUUAAUUAGAUUUAGAAUAGGAUACUUAAUCAUUUUUAAGUAAGGAUGAUUAGAAGGAUAAUUUCAAACCUUUUUAAAAUGAAAGAAAUUCGAUUGGUAAAUUAAUUUAAAGAGUGAAAAGUAAAGAUGUUGGAUAAAAAUUUAAUUUUCUAAAAAGCUAAUAAGUGGUUUUGAAUUAAAAAGGAAAAGAAACAGUGGCCUAAGCAAAUUAUGCUUAUAAAUGGAGCACUACUAAUUUAUUAGGUUUAAAAAAAAGAGAUAUAACACCAAAGGAUUAAGCAGUUUCUUUGAGAUAGAGAAUGAGAAAUUUUAAAAUAAAUUUAUAAGCUGAUUAAGGUUUUAUAAAACAAUUUAGAGAGUAUAAAAAAUAGUAUGCUCCAAAAAGUCAAUUAAGUAGAGCUUUUUUAACACCUAGACGAGAACAUUUUUAUAGAGAUGUAUAAUAUUAAAUUUAUAAGUAUUAUAGACUAGAACCCCUGGACCUGGUGUAUAUUCUGAUUAAUUAUUAAUUACUGAGCCAGGAUAAUCAAUAGAAUUUAAUAAAAGUCCAUAAAUGACAAAGUCACCAACUCAAAUUUGUUAGAGAGACUUUUAUGAUUUUUAGUUUCUUAAAAGAAAUGAUAAUACACCUGAUUUUUAGAGAACCAUAAGUAGAGAUAAGGCAUAUUAAAGAAGUAUUUUCGCUUAGAUUGAAAUUCAGAAGAAAGAGAACAUGGUAUUUGAAAUAGGUUUAUAGUGAAGAAACAUUAAAAAGAGGAACCUUAUGAUGAAUAAAAAAUUGAUAGAGAGAUUGAGUACUUAUUAUAUCAAUAAUAGAAAUAUGGAAAAUUAAGUAUAUUAAAUUAUAUAUAGAUAGAUUAUUAAAGAAUAAUUGAUAGUAAUAAUGAAAUAAAAAAGAUAGUAUAACCUGAUGCUCUUGAUAAUAAUUGGAGUAAAAUGCUGUAAUCUAAAAUAUUUAAUAUAUAGAGAACGUUAUGGUUUUAAGAAAUUAAAAGGAGGGAAGAUUAAAAAGUAAAGAGUUUAAACAGCAUCAAAUGGAUGA